UGGCGAUGGUGCAUGUGCAAAUUGCCUGUAUAAGCGUUACGGAAAUUGCUGUACGCAUCGUGUUUUGAUGGAUACCGACAGUGACGAUAUCCUACCGAGUCAGCAUCGAAAGCGGCAGGAGCCCCCCCCAGGAGCCCAACCUACCGGCACCUACCACCAAAAAGAACCCACCCCUCCCACAAUAACGAGUCAAACUCAAGUUAGCAAGCCGCCGAUUCACGGCCUGGGCACGGCGCUUGGUUCGGCUGCAGAACACUGGCUAAAAAGUCUAGCCUUCAGCAAGUACGCUUCCCCGGCUCCUCCUACUCAAGGACAGAAUGCGAACAACGACUAUGCGCCUAGCUCGGGACACUUCGAAAACAACGACUAUGCUCUCAGCCAAGCUCCCGUGGUCAUGAGAGACAACAACUACGCUCCCAGCCCGACCCCCUUCAAAGCAAACGUCAACGACAAUUUCGACCAUGAUACCAUCAAGCCGAUGCUUGCUUAUCUGCCCAGAAAUGUUUCCCCCGAGGUGUUGCGUUCCAUUGCUCAAUACCACCAGGAUCUGGCCGACGACCUUCGCAUGGAAGCCAAGAGACUCGAGAAGGAGAUGCGCCAGGAGCACGAGCGCGAGCGCGAGCGCGAGCGCGAGUGGGGAGCACAGGUUGUAUACACAAUGGCGUUCUUGAAGGGAGGCAAUGGUUCUGGCAUCUGGAAGGCGUUUUGA